ACCACAAACGGGACAAACAAUCAGUUCUUACCUUUGCUCGACAGAAAGAAAAGAAAGAGAAGCAAACCAAGAAAACCGCAACCACUCUCAUGAUGAAGUUUUAUCUCUUUGUAGAGAAAUUCCCCUGGCUGGGAUUUUCCCAAUAGCCAGUUGUUAGGUUUGUGUUUAAUUUUUAACCAUUGGUAAAACACUUUGAAGUGGACUCAGAAACAAUUACAGGAGCCUGAGAUAUUAACGGAUGAGUCUGAUAUCUCCACACGGAUCCCACCCCAUUUAACCUGUUAUGCUGUACAUAGAGACCCAAAGGAAAGCCCUUGAAGCCAGCGAUUACAAGGCAGUGCUCGGCAGGGUCUCGCUCCCCUGCUGUUUCCAAAGCAGACCGACCGAGCGGCGGGGCCGACUUCCUGGCAGCAGGCAGCCGGCUCUGCAGGGCGCUGUCAGGGGAGAUGUGUUUUUAGGUGAGAUACGUCUGCCUCCGUGCAGGCAGGCAGACAGACAGACAAACGGAAACAGCAACGCUACUAUCUCCGUGCGAGAGUGCAACCAGCCGACAUUUGCUCACACAACUGCUGGGGCAGCGGGCGGUUUCCAGGAAAACCGCGGUCUCGCCGGUACCACGGAUCUCCAGCCCCUGCGAAGGCCCUUUUGCGACAGUGCCGCUAGGCGCUUGCUUCUCCUUUACGGCAGGAUGGCUGCUUUUCCGGCGCGUGACGAUGAGGUCAUCAGGCGGCGCUUGUAUGGAUGCUAGGAGGCAGUAGAGAAUGUCUUUUCGUGGAAGAGGAGGUGGUGGCGGAGGACGAGGAGGUGGAGGAGGAGGAAGAGGAGGAGGCAGCUUUAAUCGUGGAGGAAGUGGUGGUGACAGAGGUGGCUUUAAUCGUGGUGGGCGAGGUGGCUUUGGACGGGGAGGUGGACGAGGAGGCUUCAACAGAGGCGGAUAUGACCAGGGCCCUCCAGAGAGGGUAGUUUUACUGGGAGAGUUCAUGCAUCCGUGUGAAGAUGAUCUUGUUUGUAAAUGUAAAACAGAAGAAAACAAAGUUCCUUAUUUCAAUGCACCAGUGUACUUGGAUAAUAAGGAACAGAUUGGCAAAGUGGAUGAAAUUUUUGGGCAGCUACGAGACUUUUAUUUUUCAGUGAAACUGUCUGAGAACAUGAAAGCCUCUUCAUUCAAAAAAAUGCAAAAGUUUUACAUUGAUCCAGCAAAGCUGCUACCCCUUCAGAGAUUUUUACCAAGGCCUCCUGGAGAAAAAGGUGCUCCUCGAGGAGGUGGUAGAGGAGGACGUGGUGGAGGACGUGGAGGAGGAAGGGGUGGUGGUAGAGGAGGAUUUGGAGGAGGAAGAGGUGGAGGAAGAGGAGGAGGAGGAUUUAGAGGUGGAGGAAGAGGAGGAGGAGGAUUCAGAGGAGGAAGAGGUGGUGGAGGAGGUUUUAGAGGGAGAGGACAUUAAAAAUGGAACAAUGAGAAUCUUCCUGCUGACUUACCACGUUACCUGCAGAAGUGAAGAGCAAGAAAAAAAGUUAUAAAAGACCAUGAAAAAGUUGUUUGUAAAGAACUGGAAGCUAUGAAAUGACGGUUAACAACUGUCAACAACCGUGGACAAAGUGUGUAGCCCUUGGCGAAGAAUGAAAGACUGCUCACAACAUACUUGAACUUUUUAAACUAAGACAGAAUUCAAUGUUAUUCUUAAAUUGUUUGUUUCUGGCAAAUGACUUAGUCAGUGCUUGACUUCAUGUUGGAGUCUGGAGUAAACAAUCAACUGAAACUUUUUUUUUUUAAGAAAAGCCCCCUUGGGUUCACUGCAUGCACAUCUGUCAGUAUGAACUUGUAACCUCUGUGUGACUUGGAUAAGAGCCCUUGUUCUCAUUGUUUUAUAUGGAGUCUUUUGGGUCACUCUAAAAAGGAGAUGUGAUUUAAAUAACCAUUAUGGACCAUUUUUUACAAACUAAACUUCAGACUGUUUUUUUGUCGUUAGAACUUUUUUAAUGCGUAAAAACAAAUAUGAGGAAAGGAAGAUAGCAAAUAAUAUUUUGUACAUUUUUCUCUCUGAAUCUUAAUGAAAGCAAAGGCAUAAAGAUACACUCUUAGAAGAUAUUAUCUGAUGAGUAAUACAGAGUUAAUUCUAUUCAUAGGUCACCUAAUUGUAUCUAAUUUCACUGAUAAUAAAGUUGCUAAGAGUUUUUAA